AUGACAUCUAACACCGUCUACGCCUCGCUCCUCAGCUUGUUGGUGGCCUUGAUUGUGCGCAGCGUUUACCGUGUAUUUUUUCACCCUCUGAGAAAGAUUCCUGGGCCGAAAAUAGCCGCUAUCACGCAUCUGUAUCAACAUUACUAUGAUGCAGUGAAGGGCGGGAAGUAUAUCUGGAAGCUGGACGAGUUGCAUCGCAAGUACGGUCCCGUUAUUCGGUUCAAUCCCAACGAAGUGCAUAUCCAAGACUCGUACUAUUACCAUCACAUUUAUGCUGGCGGGGCGAGAAAGCAGGACAAAGAUCCCGGAUUCCCGGCGGUCCCUCUUUUCCCAGAGGUUACGGUCACCACCAUCAAGCACAAUCACCAUCGGCUGCGACGAGGAAUUAUCAAGUCCUUCUUCUCGAAGCAAUACGUCACGGGCCUAGAGCAUAUCAUUCAAAGCAAAGUGAACCUCCUAGCUGCCCGACUCACGGAGGCAUAUCAUCAUGACACCGUCUUAGAUCUCAAAUACGUCUUUGCAGCGUUGACCUCCGACCUCACGACGCAUUAUGUGUACGGAACAAACUUGAACCAUCUCACGGAGCCGGACUUCAAAAACGACUUUCUCGCGGGCAUGGACAGCGUGGGUCGCUGGAUCCCCGUGUUGCUCGUCUUCGGGCGUCUGUUGAAGCUCGCCCGGUAUCUUCCCGCCUGUCUGGUCCCCGCCGGCGAAUUCCUCCACCUGUGGACUUUGUCUGAACGGCGGGUGGGAGAGAUCCUGGACUCACAGGACAAUGGCACGAUGGGAGACCAGAAGACCCUGCUUCAGGCGAUGGCCACCGCCGACGUCCCGGAGCAGGAGAAAACGGCCACGCGACUGCAAAUGGAGACAUUGAACAUUAUCGCCGGGGGCACGGAGACAACGGCACGGGCCCUGGCGGUGGGAGUGUUCCACUUGGCACAUAAGCCACCCCUGCUCCUCCAACUGCGCGACGAACUUCGGACUGUGAUGCCGUUUCCCGACAGCACCGCUUCCUGGACACAAUUGGAACGAUUGCCAUACUUGGCCGGCGUUGUCAAUGAAAGCCUUCGGUUGUCCUUUGGCUUCAUCAUUCGAUCUGCACGCGUUUACCCCAACGAUCCUCUGGUGUACGAAGAACUUGUCAUACCCCCUGGUGUCAGUCUUCCUCCUUUAUUUGUGCCCCAAGAGAAUUCAAGAACAGCACUGACUGACUCCCCCUUUCGUCACCAGACUCCGAUCAGUCAAAGCGCCUAUUUCGUCUGCAUGGACCCCUCGAUCUUCCCACAUCCUGAGGAUUUCAACCCGGAUCGCUGGGUCCAGGCCACCCGCGACGGGCACAACUUGCAUCGGUAUAUGAUUGUCUUUAGCAAAGGCAGUCGCCAUUGCCUCGGCAUCAAUUUCGCUCUAGCAGAAAUCUAUCUCGCCAUCGCCACCGUCGCGAGACGCUUCGACCUGGUCCCCUACCAGACGACAGUCGAGCAGUUGCAGAUGAAGCGCGAUCUCGGCUUCGCUGCACCGGAGAAGGGGCCCUUCACUGUCCGUGCCAAGGUGACUGGGUUGGCGGAUUGA